AUGAACAAUGGAAAUGAUGAAGCCGAACAAGCAAAUAAAAGGUCAAAUCCAGCAAAACUGCCAAUACAGGAAACCAGGCAGCUAAUCAAUGAAAAGUUACAUGUCCAGGCUGAAAAUAAAUUCUUGCUGGAAUAACUGACCAACAAAACUGAGUAUAGAAGGCAACUUCAGAAGCUGUGAAACAACUAUGUACAAAAAAGUGAGGAGACUGAACGAAGGAGACAAGAGUUAGCCUUCAAAUAUGCAAAGCAAACUUGAGAGCUUAAAACGCUCUUGCAGAAGGAAAAAAUUCAAUCCAAUUUGAAGCAGCAGUUGCUGGCAAUGAGGGAUAUCACUAUUAAAGGAGAAACAGGAAGAGAAAUUCAGACAUUACAGGAGGAAAAAGCCCACGAGGAAACAGGUGUAAAGGCACAGGAAAUCCAGGCCCAGUUCCUUUAGGGAAAAAAAGCAUUACUGGAGAAACAACUGAGUGAACCAGACCCAAGGCUAUUGGGAAAGAGAAAAACAAAGGAGUUUAAAAGGAAGGCCCAGGCCUUGGAGGUGGUAGCAGAGAGGCAUACUUCUGAGUUCUGCUGUGGCACCUGCAGAGAACCAGCAGUUACAGAAGGAAUAACUGCAGCAAUCUCAGCAAUGCCAGGAGUUGCAGGUGCUCAAAGCCUGUUAAAAAGUCAGAAACAACAGCUGCAGCAGGAACAGUGGUGUACGGAGAGCUUAAUUUAAGGGAGGCAACUACUGCAACAGGAUGCUCGAAGCUCCCUGGGACCCCAAAUCAAGGUUAAUCCUCAGUAA